AUGGCUGCCGCAGUGACGCUCAUCUGCUCUCUCUAUUUCCAGCCUUCUGCUCUUCUAAUUUGCUGCGGGGCAAUUCUCAACCCAGUGAUCACUAAUGCAGUUUCCGCCACCUCUAUGGCCACCGCCACCCCCAACAACGGUGAAGCUGAUGACAGAGUUGCGCUGUUGGCCUUCAAAUCAAAGAUUAGUGAUGACCCCCAAGGCGCGAUGCGCACCUGGAAUGAUUCCAUCCAUUUCUGCGAGUGGGAAGGCAUCACAUGCGGUCGACGGCACAAAAGGAGAGUCACCGCCUUGAACCUUUCCUCUAGUGCCUUGGUUGGUUCAAUUUCUCCUCACAUCGGAAACCUCAGCUUUCUAAGGUCCAUUGAUCUCAGAAACAACACUCUACACGGUCAUAUCCCUCAAGAACUCGGUUGCCUUUUCAGGCUACAGGUACUUCGUUUAACCAACAAUUCCUUCGCCGGGGAAAUUCCGGCCAACUUGUCCCACUCCAACCUUACGUAUUUGCUUUUAGGCGGCAACAAGCUGACGGGAAAAAUCCCAGCAGUGCUUGCUUCCUUGUCCUUCCUCAAAGCAUUAGACAUUUCCUACAACAAUCUAGUCGGAGGCAUCCCACAAUUUUUCAGCAACCUAACUGCACUGCAAGCCAUUUCCUUGGCUUACAAUGCAUUGGGUGGAAGCAUUCCAAAUUCCUUGGCCCGACUUGAACACUUGAGAUUUCUGGGACUCGCUGGGAAUAACUUGUCAGGCGAAAUCCCCCCAUGCUUGUAUAAUCUUUCCUCAAUAACUCACUUCUCCUUGUCUGAGAAUCAACUUCAUGGACGUGUUUCCCCCAACUUGGGCCUCUCUUUUCCCCUUCUCCAAAUCCUUCAACUUAGUGUGAAUUUCUUCGUUGGACCUUUUCCAGUCUCAUUAUCAAAUGCUUCCGAGCUUACCAACAUUGAGAUGGGUUCCAACAAAUUCUCUGGACUGCUGUCGGUUAAUUUUGGAAGCAUGCAAAAUCUUAAUAAAGUAUAUUUGGACAACAAUAUUUUGGGGGGUGGUGGAGCUGGUGACUUGAGUUUUCUUGAUUCCUUGGCCAACUGUAGUAAUUUGCUUAGAUUGGCUAUAGGAUCUAAUCGGUUCAAUGGUCACUUGCCAGCUUCAAUUGCAAAUUUCUCAACUCAAAUGGACAUCUUAAUAAUGGCAUCAAAUAAAAUAUUUGGUGCCAUCCCUCCGGGGAUUGGUAACCUUAUCAACUUAAAUGCGUUAUAUUUGCAUGAUAACCAAAUAACGGGUGCCGUUCCUGCUGAUCUCUGCAAGAUCCAAAAGUUACAACUGAUGUCUCUUGGGAUGAAUAGACUUUCGGGCAAUAUUCCUUCCUGUCUCGGAAACCUUUCUUCUUUGGCUGAUCUCUACUUAGAGGAUAAUAAAUUACAAGGAAACAUCCCUUCUAGUCUAGGGAAAUGUCCAAAUUUAUUAUUUCUAGAUCUUUCUCGAAAUAACCUAAGUGGAACCAUACCCAAACAAAUUUUUGGAAUUUCAUUUAUGCUCAUUUCACUGAGUUUGGCCCAAAACAAGUUGGUUGGGUCCAUGCCCAUGGAGGUUGGCAACCUAAAAAAAUUGGAAAUCUUGGUUGUAUCUCAAAACAUGCUGCAUGGCCAAAUUCCAAGUAGCCUUGGUGAAUGUACCAGUCUUGAAUACCUGUACAUGGAUGGCAACUUUUUUCAAGGUUCAAUACCCUCAUCCCUGAGUUCUUCAAGAGGUAUUCGAAAACUCGAUCUUUCUCUUAACAAAUUUUCUGGUACAAUUCCACAAUUCUUGGGGACUUUGUCAUUGGAGUAUUUGAAUCUAUCUUUCAAUGGCUUUGAAGGUGAGGUUCCAACUAAGGGGGUUUUUGCAAAUGUGAGUGCGAUAUCAGUUGUUGGAAAUAACAUGCUUUGUGGGGGAAUUGAUAAACUACAACUACCCAAAUGCCCUGUGAUGAAUUCAAAGAAGGGGAAGAAGCAUCUAGUGUACAUAAUAACAAUAAUUCCUAUUGCAUGCACAAUUAUAGCAGUUACCAUACUCUCAUUUUCAUUGCUUUAUUGGCUAAAAAAGAACAAAAAAGGUCAGCCAUCAUCAACGCCCUUUCUAAUGAAAUUAGUGCCUCAAGUUUCGUAUAGAAAGCUACACAAGGCAACUGAUGGAUUCUCCACAGCAAAUUUGAUUGGCGUUGGUGCUUUCGGUUGUGUAUAUAAAGGAAUCCUUAAUCAAGAUGAACCAUUAGUUGCAGUUAAAGUGCUCAACCUCCAACAUCGAGGUGCUUUCAAGAGCUUCAUGGCCGAGUGCAAAGUAUUAAGAAAUGUUCGUCACCGGAAUCUUGUGAAAAUCAUAACUUCUUGCUCAACUGUUGACUUCCAAGGUAACGAUUUUAAAGCUCUUGUUUAUGAGUUCAUGCCCAAUGGAAGUCUAGAAAGGUGGUUGCAUUCAACUGUGGAAACAAAUUAUGGUCAAAAUAGGAUUCAAAAGCUUAAUUUACUUCAAAGGGUCAACAUUGCAAUUGAUGUGGCUUGUGCACUUGAUUAUCUUCACCACUAUUACCAAAAGACAAUUAUUCAUUGUGAUUUAAAGCCGAGCAAUGUUCUCCUUGACAAUGACCUAAUUGCCCAUGUUGGAGAUUUUGGAUUGGCAAAAUUUGAGCCAAAUCCGAAUCGAAGUAGCUCUGUUGGAGUAAAUGGGACCAUUGGGUAUGCAGCACCAGAAUAUGGUAUGGGAAGUGAGGCGUCACCAAAAGGGGAUGUCUACAGCUAUGGAAUCCUACUGUUGGAGAUGAUAACAGGUAAGAGACCCGUUGAUAACAUGUUUGAGGAAGGCCUUAACAUUCAUAACUUCGCGAGCUCGGCUUUGCCUAGUUGGGUGAAGGAGAUCGUUGACCCAUUCCUGCUAAAUGGGGGCGAAGCAGAAGUAGACAUUGACAAUGGGAGAACAAGUAGAAGAGGCAGAAAUGGUGACACAACAAAGGCUUGCUUAAUUUCUAUGGUGAAGAUUGGAGUGGGGUGCUCCGUGGAGUUGCCGCAAGAUCGAAUGGACGUGAGAGAUGUCAUCCACGAACUUCGCAUGGUCAGGAAUGCCCUUCUAGGUACAAAGGAUUGA